UUUAACAGACACAGACUUUGGUAAAAUAUUCUUACUAAGAAAAGGUUUUAAAACCUUAACCGUUUUUAAUGGGACACAACUUGAAAAUCACUUUUCUGUCUGAAAAUAUUGUACCUUUUUAUUGUUACAGGUUGCUAAGACUACCAUAACUGGACAUUAGCAGUAGCUUAUUUUUUCUAUUUGACAGAACUUUGUGUGAGUGCAAAGGAGCAGAAAAACAAUGGGCCACAUCGCAUCUUUUAAAAUAGUAUCAAAAAAUGGAUUUUUUUAAACAAGUUGGACCAUUUAGUUCUGCUCAUUUGUGGUAGCAAGCAAUCUAGAAAUAAAAAAAUGUAAAGGAAAUUCUCCACUUAAACUUGGUCUACAAUUAAAAAAAGAAAUAUAGAGAAGUUUUUGUUCUGUUCUAUUUAGGUUCUUUUGCUACCCUCAUCACUGCAAUAUCUGAGCCCCUUUCCUAGUGCAUUAAGCAAUGUGACUAACUUCUGUCAUGUGACUUUUUUUUCCCCUUCUCUUUCUCUCUCAUCCUCUGUACAAGGGCAGAAUUGUUUAUGCAAUGUAGUGCUUUGGUUUUGCAGGGCUUUUAUUGUUGGGUUUGAUUUUAUUUAUAUAUAUGUAUAUGCUAUGCUUGGAGCACCAUAUCUUAUCACCUGCUUUUAAAACCAAUUCCCAUAAACUAUUUUUAAUAAACCCCAGUCCUGCAAACACUUAUGCACUUGCUUUUCUUUAAGAGGAUGAGUAGUCCCACUGAAAUCAAAGUCAAGGGGGCCAGUCUCUCCCUUUAAUAGUUUCCCAGUGUUUUGAAAUCUGACCAUACCCAUGUUUACUUGCUGCUAAUUAUAGCGAGGUAGCUAGAAACUACCAGAUAGUCUUUUUGACUUUAAUUAUUAGCAGACAUAAAUGUACAAAAGCCAGAAACUGGCUGAGUAAAUUUACUUUUAAAAUUAAAUGCUUAGGAGAUAUUGUGGGGUGGCUGGGGAAAGGAAGUGCGUUUCAGCUGUAGAGGAUCACCCUGCUGACCGGCCUGACCACCUAUUAAAGUUAUACACAAAAGGCUGCUUUUCACUAGAAGAUGGUGUGUGAGAAGAAUCGAGGAAGGUAAGCGAUUUGCCGAAAGGACGAAGGACCGGCAGCGAGGGACUCGGGGACAGUCCCUCUUCCACCUUUGGGCGCAGCGCUGCCCUUGCUCCUGAUGCAUCCCUACACGGAAGGGGCGGGUCCAUACGCGGGCGGGGCCUGAAGCGCUCGCUCGGCCUAAGGCCGCAGAGCCGCUGCCGCAGCCAUUUUGGUUUGCUGUGAGAAGGGUCUGAAACGGUGGUGCGCCGGUCCUGGGCCGGUGGGGUCCUGCCCUCCUCGGGCCCUGUCAGUGCGGACGGGAGGAUGCGACGCGGAGAAGGCCGGAGUCCCUGACACGGCGGCGGCGUUUUUCCUGGCGCCGGGGGAGAUGGACUCUGGAGCCCGCCAGGGCGGUGGCGCCUUAGGACAAUCCCGCGAGUAUAAACUGGUGAUGCUGGGAGCUGGCGGCGUGGGCAAGAGCGCUAUGACCAUGCAGUUCAUCAGCCACCGGUUCCCAGAGGACCAUGAUCCUACCAUUGAGGAUGCUUAUAAAAUACGAAUACGGAUUGAUGAUGAACCUGCAAAUUUGGACAUUUUGGACACAGCAGGACAGGCAGAGUUUACAGCUAUGCGGGACCAGUACAUGAGGGCAGGUGAGGGAUUUAUCAUCUGUUAUUCAAUUACGGACCGACGCAGUUUUCAUGAAGUGCGCGAGUUCAAACAGCUCAUCUACCGUGUUCGGCGCACUGAUGACACUCCUGUGGUUCUUGUGGGGAACAAAUCUGAUCUGACACUGCUCCGACAGGUCUCCAAAGAAGAAGGCUCAGCUUUAGCACGAGAAUUCAGCUGCCCUUUUUUUGAAACUUCAGCCGCAUUCCGCUAUUAUAUCGAUGAUGUAUUUCAUGCUCUUGUGCGAGAGAUACGUAGGAAAGAGAAGGAAGCAAUAAUGGCCAUGGAAAAAAAAUCCAAACCCAAAAGCAGCGUAUGGAAAAGACUAAAGUCACCAUUCCGAAAGAAGAAAGAUUCAGUGACCUGAAGGGGAGGGGAUGUAUCUGUCAAACUGUGAACUGGAAUAUGUAGUCAAAGCAGUCCAGUGACCUACAUUUUUGAGCAUUAUGCUUUCUCUAUUUUUUGACUAUUUUAAAAGGAAAUCUAACUAUUGGGAGUUUUGGGGGCGGGGCUGCGAUUUACGUUGUUUAAAGUAAUCUUCCUCCCCUCCCCCCCUCCACCUCCCAUUUCAGAACAUUUGGUCUAUGACAUAGCAGUGGGUUUUACUUUUGUUUACUGUCACUUUCUGACUUGUAUCCAGCAAAUGUCACUGAUGUAGUUGGUUGCAAAUGCUGUUACGUAUGUUCCUGCACUUUUAAAUGUCUAUCUUAAGGGAUCUCAGCAUAAUGAAAACCGCACUAUGUAGAAUGUCUUUGAACUUUUACUUAGAGCCUAACUUAGUUGUCGGUUGGUGUUUUUUUUCCCUCUCUUUCCUGGAGAAUUGCACAACAAAGUUUGCUGCUUUCUGGAAAAGUAAUUCACAAUGUAUGAGAAGGCUUGUCAAGAUCAGUGUUGAAAAUAAUGUUUGUGAAGCACAUAUAGCAGACUAAUGGAACAAACUGCAUGCACAUGUCAGUGAGAAGAACUCAUGCUGAAAUUGCUUUAUGGUCUGUGCAUUUUUCCAACAAACAAGUAAUGAUGGACUCCAUGUGCAUGUUUAUAUAAAAAUAAUUAUAAGAAACAAGUGUAAUGCAACAGUAUAGUUUAGAUUUUAAACAAGUCAGGAAAAUUAAAAUUAUGAUUCCCAUGGCAGCCAUAACUUGAGAACAUUGCAUGAAUAUGUAGCAUUUUCUUAAUGUAUAUAGUGUUCUUGUACUGCCAUAGUAAAAUAUGUGCAAUGUGAUAGAGUUGCAGGGGCUCUAGGAAACUAGAGCUUUGACUUUCCUGACUUACAUGCUUAAAAUCUUCUCUGUAAUGUUGCAUUAGCUUAUGUAUUUGCAUUACAUUUUAUGUUCUUUUCUUAAAGAAGCCAAUAUUGUUAGAUUGAAAUCUCAAACACAGAUUCAUUACAGAUUUUUUUGUUUUGAGGCUCUGUACCCCACACUGCACUGUGUUGUGGAGGGAGAGUGUAAAAUUAGAGAUUGCUGGCAAUAGGACCUAGCAGAAAUAACUCUGAACCUGGUGAGACUCAUCCAUUGCAAGUAGGUGGGGAGUUGAGGGGAAGAAGAUGAUUACCCGGGCUUAAUGUCAGUCCUGAGAAUGAUAUAUACAUGGAUAGCCCUACAUAUACACACACACUCAAGUGGGUAUAUGUAGAUAUUUGUGCCCAGUGAUCACUUACGCUGGUUAGGAAGCUGGUGUUUUGUGAAGCAGCACAUUUUUCAAAUGCUGCAAAUUAAAUGUUCCUCAUGGAGGACUAUAUAUAUGUCAGUUCUGAAGAUUUUUAAUCCAGAGUUUAUUCAAGUUUAAAAAUAGCAUGAAAGAUGGAUUUUUUAAGUAACAAUUCACAUAGGUAACUCAGAAAUGGCAAGAGAAAAUGUAGGCUAAACAUAAUUUCUCAGAAAAUCAAACACUAAAAACUGGAAUUUAAAACGAAAGUGCUUCCUUGCCCACAAGUAUAGUAUCACAACUGUAUUCUGUGAUUGGUUUUGUCAAUAAUUACAUUGACCAUACUGGGUUGGUGUCAGAUCUGUAUUUUUAGCCUUAGUUUGACACACGUGAUCAUUGUACAUUCAGAGUUGGAAUGCAGAGAUGUUAAGAUUUGUGUAUAAAGGAUUCAAUGAAAGCAACAAAUAGGGCAAAUGGGUGAGCCCUCAUGAUUUCCUUCACUAAACUGCUUAGCUUUUCCUGUUCUUUUGCAAACAGCAUCAUAGGAAAUGUAAGCUUUUUAAGUUUGAUUUUCUGUGUAGGAAAUCAGAGAAACAGAUAUAGAAUUUUCUGUUUCUUUUGUUUUGUUUUUUUUGCUUUUUUAAAACUGUGCACCUGGACUACAAAGAUGUAUAAAUCAGUUUCUGGGUUCUUUCUUAUAAAGUUCCAUUGCAAAUCCACCUGUGUUGUGCUGUUCCACAAUCCAUUACAUGGAAAAAGUAGCUCAAAAUAAUCUAGAACAUUCUAAAUGUAUUUUAGUUGUUUGUUGCAGUGUAAGAUGAAGUAUUUUGUUAAAAUUAACUUCAUGAGCAAUAUUGCAUACCUUUACCAUAGUUACUGAUUUAGAAAUUAAGGCCCUAAUAGUUAUUCAGUAUUGGAGUAAGUACGGUUUAUAACCAUGAGAUAAAAAUCCCAGGUAAGCCACACAACAGAAAACAUCAGUGAAAAAAUAUAGAAAUAGCGCGCACACACAAAAAAGGCUGUUUCUAAUUAAAAGAUGAGACAAUACUAGCUUUAUCUAAAAGUUAAACACCAUUUUAAUUCCUACUUCUUUUCAAAGAUAGAAAUUUGACUUGAAAUUCUACUCAGCUACUAGUAUGUUCAAAACUUGCAGGCAUUAACGAAAUAUAACGUGAGCAGCGAUAAAACCUAAUGGGGCUAAUUCCUACUCUUGCCUUUUGAUAAAUGGUGGGAUUUCUGUGCCUUAAAUUAGCCCUUUAACAAAUUCAGUGUUGAGUGAUUCCAUUUGAGCCUGUUGCUUGUGGAACUAAUAAAUCUGAACAGCAAGCACUUUUUUACACAAUGUUGUUCAAGAAGAUUGUUUUAUUUUUGUCAUGUAUACAUUUGUACACAAAUGAUUAUUUCAUUUGACACAAUACAGAAUUUUUAAUAUAAA